UCGGGCUGUGAUUGGCCUAGACGACUCGGUAAGUCCCGCCUACGUGAACCAACGACACUGCUGCACUGUUUGUGGAGGUCUGCAGGGCGGUAAGGAGAGCCGCACUGCACACAGACUGAGCAGGACGGGGCGAGGCGAGCCGGCGGUCCCAGCGUGGCCCUCAUCCAUCAUCGCUAUGGGAAUUACCACAGCGUCCUCUGCGAGCCAAGUCCUCAUCCUGCACGGUCUGAACCCGCUCCACCUGGAGGCACAGACUAUAAAACACAGCAGUUGAGACUGCCGCUGCUCCACAAGCCUCUCUCUCCUCCGUUGGACUGAGGAUAAUGGUGAUGAUGAUGAGAAAGAUCUAGAGAAGUGUUACUCAACUAGACAACUUGGACAAGGACUAGCUCGACCCUCGUCUGUGUUUUUCUAAAUCAGGACAAUGCCUGUCAUGUGUGUGUCUGCAGUGCUCUUAUGUACAGUUGUGGCUGGUAUCUCAGCUCGGGUUUUGACCACAACCAGCACAGAUGACCAGCCUCUCCUCUCUCCACGCCACUAUCAGCACACCGACCGAGACUCGGGCACCCAGCUGGUCUGUGAUAAGUGCCCGGCAGGCACAUACGUCUCUGUCCACUGCUCUCCAACAGCUGUGAGGGAGUGUAGCCCGUGCCCCGAGGGUACCUUCACACGACGGGAGAACGGUGUCCAGCAAUGCCAUCGUUGCCGGGAUCGGUGUCCUGAGGGCUUCAUUGAGAAAACGCCCUGCACGGCCACCCAGGACCGUGUCUGCACAUGUCCACCAAACAGCUUCUUGUCAGGGGACAAUGGCAGUGAGUGUCAACCCCACUCCCUGUGUCCUCCAGGCACCAGGGUGAAAAAGCGGGGAACUGAAACAGAGGACUCAGUUUGUAAGCCGUGCACGAAGGGGACGUUUUCAGAUUUGAAGUCCAGUUCGACGAAGUGCCGAAAUCACACAGACUGCCAAACCCAGGGGCUUGUGCUUCUUACACCGGGGACAAGAGAGACAGACAAUGUCUGUGGAUCUCCUUCUACCAGCCCAUUAUUAUCAUUUCCCCCAACUACUCCGAGACCUUCUCCACAAGAAGUUGUAGAGGAGUCCAUGGUUUCUUCAACCUCUCAGUCAUCACUAAAUGAACGUGAAAAAAAAGGUACCUACAGCCAAUCAGCAGCCAUUCAGCUGAGGGAAAUCAUGAAUGGGGAAGACACAGCAGAGGGGGAACUGCCUAGCCACCCUGGCACCCCCAACUCAUCAAAUCGUGAUCCCCCACGGACUCAACUGCCCCCAACUCGCAAGCAACCCAUGGGUCGCGAGCAUCUGGGGCAGCCCAAUUCUGAUCCCAUGCUAAGGCCCAACAAGCGGGCAAUGGAGGGUCUGGAAGGUGCAGGGGCAGUAAGGGUUGGAACAGGGAUCAGCAAGGUAGCCGACCUGGGUAGUGGGGGUGGGGUUUCCAGCUACUAUAGGCCCACUCGUAGAGGAUCCCCAAGGCCGAUCACCUAUGAUCAUUUUGACAUUAAUGAGCACUUGCCCUGGAUGAUCGUCCUGCUGCUCUUGCUGGUGCUGGUAGUAAUAGUGGUGUGUAGUGUGAAGCGGAGUUCUCGGGUGCUGAAGAAGGGACCAAUGCAGGACCCUACUAGCAUCAUGGAGAAGGCAAUUCAGAAAAAGACAUCAGCACCUCCAACACAGAUCAGAGAGAAGUGGAUCUACUACUCCAAUGGGCAGGGGGUGGAUAUCCUAAAGCUUGUGGCAGCCCAGGUGGGCACCCAGUGGAUCGACAUGUAUCAGUCGCUGGCCAAUGCCACAGAACGCGAGGUGGCUGCCUUUUCCAAUGGCUACUCAUCCGAUCCCGAGCGUGCGUAUGCCGCACUGCAGCACUGGACCAUCCGGGACAGCGAUGCCAACCUGGCCAAGCUGAUCAACGCUCUGCAUCGGCAGCGCCGCAUUGACGUUGUGGAGAAAAUCCGCUGCGUCAUGGAGGACAACCCACAGUUUGACAUCAACCAGCUGAUGACCUCAGUGAAUGUAAGCCAAAGCCUCAGUCCCAUCCACAAGCCGCUGGAGUCUCCCAGCAGUGUGGGCAGCGGCAGUAGCGGGAGUGUGGGCCGGGCCAGCGGCCUGGGCGUGGAGCAGUCGCCGAUGGACCGCACCAAAGGCUUCUUCCCUGACGAAUCGGAGCCCCUCCUUCGCUGCGACUCCACCUCCAGCAAAGAUUCGGCCCUCAGCAGGAAUGGCUCCUUCAUUACCAAAGAAAAGAAAGACACGGUGCUCCGGCAGGUGCGUCUGGACCCGUGUGACCUGCAGCCCAUCUUUGAUGACAUGCUGCACAUCCUGAACCCAGAAGAACUGCACAUCCUUGAGGAGAUCCCAGCAGCUGAGGACAAACUGGGCCAACUCUUUGAGAUUGCCGGAGUCAAGAGUCAGGAGGCCAGCCAGACGCUGCUGGACUCAGUCUACAGCCACCUUCCUGACCUGUUAUAGUAGAGGAAUGAGGGUUUAACCACCUGGACAGGAAUGAUAAGGAAUGUGUAUGUGGAAGGGAUGAGACAUACGUGGUAUUGCUGGAAUUUGACUGGUAUUAAUGUUUGAUCUGACAGAGUUUGACUCAUCAUGAUUCCAGCUGGUAAUUUACUUUGUGUCUUCUCCUUCUGCUUAAUCUGGUAAAUCUUUACUGCAACUUUUUUCCUCCUCUUGUCUUGUGUGUAUUCCUUCGAAGCAUCCCAUCCUUGACCAUGUAACCACGCAACAUGGUCGACACUCAAUGUAACAAAAAACUGUGACCUUAAGCGAGAGGCUUACAGGCCAAUGAAUCAAUUCCACACAAAUAGCACUUUAUUUCUCUUAAAUGGCCAAUGCCUUCAUGUUUAAUGGAUGAUACCAGUGUUUUUUGUUGUUUGUGCCAACCAUUAAGGCUUCUCUUACCUUUAAAAUUUAAAGGAAUAUAAAAAAUAAACACAGCAGGCAAUGCAAACUACAAAAAGCAGCGACACAUAAGCUUUAACUCUAAAUGACACUGGUAUUAUUCUUUGAUUUGUAAGGUUUUUAUAAACCACAUUCUCAGAUAUGUUGGUCCAGGUGUGGAUUGACCCGUUUGUCAUGUGCCUGAACUUGUACCUUUUCACAGCUUCUCUUUCUUUUUCCUUCCACAACCUCCAACUACACCUGAGUAGUAAAUCACCUGGUAGCUUGUAACUCUCAGCAGGUAGUAAUAAAUCUACAGCACUGAAACAAAAUCCAUAUAUCAAAAUAAUCCGAGACUGAGUAAUAUUUAUGAUAUAUGGCUUUGCUUCUGUGUAUUUUUAUUUUGGAUUUAACUAACUGCCCCACCCACUAAGACACGUCAUGGGCAGGAUAUUGAUGCUGAUACAAGUACGCACACACAAGAUAGCCCUGUUUGCCUCAACAAAUGUAGCAUUGAUGAAGUGUUCAUGAUACAUUUUGGAGCUUAAUGUUGGUGUACUACGCAACCUUAUAUAGGGGUCUGAGUAUUUCAGUGCUACAGUAAGAAAAAUAGAAAAAUCAAUGGAAUACAGCAGAUUUUUUGCAGCCAUUAAAUACUACAUGCUUCAUGUGGUUGAUAUUAAAAUGUAAUACUGAUGCACUAACUUCAUUUUCUGUUAGAGAGGAGAUAUACACUCUUUUCCAGAGAUGCUGUUCACGUAGCAUUUGGUUUUUGUUAUAGUGUUUUCUUUAACUUUGAUUUAUAAUGUAAUUAUUGCAUUUGUCUAUUUCCAUUUAGAUUUUUUUUCUUUUUUCUGGGCAUUUACGUGUCAUUUACCCCCACUUGGUGUUACAAGAUGACCUGUUUGCGAUGUAAGACAUGCAUACUCCAUACUCUACUUGAAGUCUGUCCACCAGUGUUACUUGAUAUAAGUCAGAAAGGUAAAUAUCCAGGUCCAGUUUUAUCAAGUGUGCAUAAGACACCUAAAAAGCACCAAAACCUGAUCAGUGCUGGAAGAGCAACAUAAAACAAACCUCACAAACUUUUUCCUUUAUAUGGUUUCUAUCAUUACUACUCUGGUGCUGGAUGGUAACUCUCACUAGUUGGCCUGAUUUACGAGAAGGAGGAACUUUCCCAGGAUUAAAGACCAUUUCAAGCCUGAGUGCAGAAGAGUAAAGGUUGUGCUGUCGUGGACUGAGGACCUUUGAUGAUGAUCACAAUGACGAUGUGUGGACCUGGUCUCCACUGUACCUUGAAGCAUAAAGCUGCAGGAUGUGAGCUUUUUAUUUUAUGAAAGAAUGACCAACAGAUGAGUAAUGCACAUGUUGCUUGAAUGGAUGAUUUAAUCAAAUUUCACACAUGUAACCAGUAUGUUUAUUAUGUAACCUCUAAAAAUCAAUGAAGUAAAGCUCAAAAUAUUUGUCAUAAA